GGCCACGCCGAGCCCCUCGUCCCCUACAUCAGUGACACUGGAACUAAACCUCCGGAGAGUGGUAUCUUUGGUUUUAUGAUUAAUAUUUCAGCACUUUUAGGUGUAAUUACAAUGUACAUCAGAUAUUUAUUAAUAGAGAAGCAAAAUGAGGCAUCACACUUUGUUAGGUCUUCAUGCAACAUGUUUUCAUUAUGUAUUGGAUUGAUGGGCUGUAUUGGAAUGGGUAUAGUUGCAGCUUUUCAGGAGCUGUCUGUUCCCAGUGUCCAUGACAUAGGAGCUUUGGUGGCAUUUGGCUCGGGUGUUGUAUACAUUACACUUCAGUCUAUAAUCUCUUACAAGUCCUGUCCACAAUGGAACACUUACUUUGUGUGCCACAUAAGGAUGGCCAUAUCUGUAAUAUCAUGCAUUGCUUUCAUUCCCAUGAUUGUGUUUGCUUCACAAAUUUCCAUGACAAAAAUUCAUUGGACUUCAGGUGAAAAGGAUUAUACUUAUCAUUUUGUGAGUGCGAUCUGUGAAUGGACGGUGGCCUUUGGUUUUAUCUUCUUCUUUUUAACGUUCAUUAGAGAUUUUCAGAAAGUUUCUUUAAGGAUAUCAACAGAAAUACAUGAAGACUCUUGAUAGUGGAGAAAAUUAUAUUUUAUAUAUAUGAAUAUUCUAGGUUUCUUUUUACUUA